GGAUCGAUCUCUGCACUGACCUCAAACUUAAGAAACAACUUAAGAAGGAUAGUACUUCCAAGUACGGGUUAGGAACCUUCUGCCAAGACUAUGGAUUCAUUAGUCCUAGCAAAAGGCAUAGAAAGAAGUCCUCCAAACCUCACAAGAGGGCUACCUCUAGCAAGAAACCCUUCAAAAGGGAAUCUUAUAAGCCUAGUAGGAAGGCCAAGCGAAAAGGUCCUAAGGCUAAAGAUACUUGUUGGACUUGUGGCAAGGCAGGCCACAGGGCGAAAGAUUGCAAGUCUAACAAGAAAAAGAAAAUAAACCAGUUAGAUCUCUCUGAGGAAACCAGAUCUAGUUUAUUCUCUAUAAUGGAGGAUUCGCCUGAAUUUUCUGAGUCUUCAAACUCCUAUACUUUGUCCAGUGAUGACUAUAGCGACGAAGAAUUCAUCAACGCCGCUUAUGAGACGGAUCAAUCUCAAUCUGGCCAAGAGUGCACUUGUAAUG